AGGAAAAGAGGCACACACAAAUAUCGUCCUCUCACCCAGAUACAUUUAUACGUCCAGACAACAGAGCAGCUAGCAACAUGCAGUAUGGCUUCCACUAUGACUGGUGCCUUCCCAGAGGUGCUUUCCAGUGGGAUUACUAAGAGAAAAGGGAACAGACGCUUGCCUCUGGGAUUGUGACUGGGAACAGAGCUCAAGAGGAAAACGUGACUAUGAUGUUUGCCUAUGGUAUGGAUAUUAGCAAAGGUUCUUUUGUUAUCCCAACAGUACUGCUACCACUCCAGAACGACAGCCUCUCUGAAACCUCUAUGUCUCUGGCAAGCCAUGAGAUGACAGAUUUAUCCAAGGAACACAGAGCAGAGAGGAACAGUACUGUCUUGCAGUAUGAACUGAGACCAGGGGAAAUAGUAGUAGCCAGCAUGGUUUUUGGAGCAUUAUGGCUGUUCUCUGUCUUUGGAAAUUCCCUCGUUUGCUUAGUGAUCCACCGGAGUAGGAGGACUCAGUCUACCACCAACUACUUUGUGGUCUCCAUGGCUUGUGCCGAUCUCCUCAUUAGCCUGACGAGUGCUCCGUUUGUGCUGCUCCAGUUUACGUCUGGCAGGUGGACACUGGGAAGCGUUAUGUGCAAGCUAGUGAGAUAUUUUCAGUAUCUCACCCCUGGUGUCCAGAUCUAUGUGCUGCUGUCUAUCUGCGUAGAUAGGUUCUACACAAUUGUCUACCCUUUGAGUUUCAAAGUGUCCAGAGAAAAAGCCAAGAAAAUGAUUGCAGCAUCUUGGAUCUUUGAUGCUGCUUUUGUGUCCCCAGCUUUCUUUUUCUAUGGCUCCAGUUGGGACAACCAUUGCAACUUUUUUCUCCCCUAUUCUUGGGAUGGAGCUGUCUACAGCAUCAUCCAUCUUUUGGUGAGUUUUUUGAUUCCAUCCAUUUUCAUCAUCCUAUUUUACCAAAAGGUCAUCAAGUACAUUUGGAGGAUAGGAACCGAUGGCAGAACAGUCAGGCGGACCAUGAAUAUAGUCCCAAGGACAAAAGUGAAAACCAUCAAGAUGUUCCUGAUGUUAAAUUUAGUAUUUCUGCUAUCAUGGCUCCCUUUUUACGUGGUGCAGCUGUGGCACCCACAGGAGACAGACUACAGAAAGAGUUCUUUGGUUUUCAUGGCCAUCACUUGGAUAUCCUUUAGUUCGUCAGCUUCUAAGCCCACCCUGUACUCAGUGUAUAAUGCAAACUUCAGGAAAGGGAUGAAAGAAACAUUUUGCAUGUCCUCCAUGAAAUGUUACCGAAGCAAUGCAUACACCAUCACCACCAGUUCAAGGAUAGCCAAAAAAAAUUAUGUUGGAAUCUCAGAAAUCCCCGCACCAACCAAACCUGUAACCAAAGACUCAAUCUAUGAUUCAUUUGACAGAGAAGCAAAGGAAAAAAAGCUUGCUUGGCCUAUUAAUUCAAACCCACCAAAUACAUUUGUCUAAUUGAGUUGAAUAAUUAUUUUGCACCACUAGAUCAAAGAGCUUGAUCUCUUUUUUGAACAGACAUAUAUUUAAAUAUUUUUGCAUACAAUUUAAAGGGAGACAAAAUAUGCUUUAUUUUAUUAAAUGCAUUGAUUUUCUUGUAUACGGUAUUUUUUUUAAUUUUAGUUACAUUCUGCUUUUUGGAACAAUUAUCCUACAACCAUGAACAGUCUUUUCAAAAAUCUCAUACUAUCUACAUGUAAAUAAAAUAAAAACUGCUUUUUACUACUGCAUGUUGACCACUCUGUAUAAACGUGUA